AUGAGUGGGGUAUGGUAUGGGUUUUCCAUUCCAUGGUACCAUGGUAUUGGUAUGGAGCUCAUAUACCACCCCGGAAUGGGUACCCCCAAGUUGGACCCUCACAAAGGUGGACACUGUGGGAAUUCGUCGACCAAACUGGCGAGUAUUGUUUCUCCAAAUUAUUUUGCUUUACUAAGAAACAAAUCCCCUACCAUUCCCUCACCACCUUCAUCACCCGAGCCCCAGUACAACUUGUACCCCUUCAAAGGAUCGGACUCCCGUUCACUCUCCAAACCGAGUAUGUUCGGCAAACAACCCUGCAACAUCUCAUCUCGAUCUUCAUCUUCAUCAACUACGUCCAUCACGCGUCGACUAAACAUCGUCGAUGGAAGCAAGCUGCCCCCAGGAUUGAAUAAGCCCAUAUCACAAACAAUCGCCGUACUCACCGUAGCCACGAGUCCCGUAACUGCAGAAGGCUUGCUAACUACACCAAGGGAGAUCACAAUGGACACCUCAUCCAGAGUGGAAGGAAAAAGGAAACUAUGGCAGCCAAGCAACUCGAGUCCUCUCUCUUUCAAUCCCCUCGACAGACCACCAGUAUUUGUCGCUCCUCCUCCGAACUCCAUUCAAUUCCACUCCCCGCCUGAACAAUUUCGACCAAAUUCAGAAGCUGACACCACUUUCGAAAUCAACGUUACCACUACACUUCAAGAAGCAGAGAGUACCCCUCGUCCCUCGCAAUACAUGUGUAGGGGCAUGGAAAAUGGGUAUUCCCUUUCUCCCAUGUAUAGCCUAUGGCUGGAAUACUGCGACGAAGGAGAGAGUUCGAAAUCGACUCAGUCCAGAGUCAUGUUCUAUGCCACCAAACCGUCCUUGGCGCGAGACGAAGUCAUAGACAGAGGGCCAGGAUCACCGACCCAACAUUACAUGGUAGAUAAAACCCUGUUCGAGCAGAUUGUUCGUACUGUAAACGAACUCCAAGUUUUUAUCCAACAUAUGGCCGGUUUAAUAGAGGAAAGAACUAAGUACUUUCAAGUAGACCCCGACAAUACUCUAUUGAAAGUCUUAGAAGGAGCGGAAACUACAAGUCAGCUACACGCAACAUGGCUCUGUCUGACUAACGAUAAGUUAUGGUACAUUCACGGCACCAUUCCUCGUCAUGCAGACAAGCUUUCACUUGACGCUCGUCACCGAUUAACAGAGACGAACGAGAAGUGGGAAAAGAUCAUUCCAGCCCCUCCUUGGCUAGCUGCUCCAGCACAGAAGACCUCUCCCCCUAUUUCAAAAUUUUCAGCUUGGACAAGCUAUAAAGCAGCCUCUUCUUUCACGUUACCAGACGAACUCGAGCCCACAGCUCCAAUUCAGAAGAAGCAAGCAUUAACCACCUGGAAAAAUCCUAAAGCAGUUCAAUUUGCUCCUCAAGUCGAAGCUUUGGAGCCAUCCCAGUCUUCAGCGUUAAUGAGCAGCGGCACUCCAUUCAAGUCUUCGAAAGGUUUAUUUUCACAAGACGAAGGAAGUAACCCAGGCCCCUUUCCCUUGUCGGGACCCAAUCAACAUGUUUCUCUCCAUACGCGGAUAAACAUGACUCUAAUCGAGAAAACAAUGGUUAUCCAAACGGAGGAGAUGCAGACCCACCAGAUGAUGAUCCUCCCAGCAAUCCAGGAGGACAUGAUCCACCGAGGAAUAAUGAUCACAGAAUUACCCAUCACGGUUAUGGAAGCAGAGGUGGCAGAGGAGGAGGUCCACCUGGUCCUCCUUCGUCUUCUUCGAGCUCCUCUAGGACUAGAAGUUGUGAUUCCAAUUGACCUGAAUGGGACAAAAAUCGUCCUCCCGCCCUACAUCAAAUUGGAACAAUUGCCAACGUGGGAUGGGAACCACGACACUGCAAUCAAUUACUUCUGGAAAAUUCAACAACUGGCAGCGAUGAAGGGAUACUUACCUCAAGUGCUGGGUUACUGGCUAUGGAUGAAUUUGAAAGAAGACUCUACAGUCCGCAUGUGGUUUGCUAUGUGCUCGCAAGAACAACAAGAGUAUAUGAGAUCACAUUACAUUGCCUACAUGAGAGGGAUUAAGGAAGGUUAUUUGGGACGUACUUGGCAGAUGAAAAUGAAUGCUACAUAUGAAAACCAAUCUUUCCAACAAGUGGGUCAUGAACGCGAAGAUCCCAGGAAAUUCAUAAUUAGGCGUAUUAUGUACACUCGCAUGCUGGUCAAUGGAGAUAUGGGAGGCCCCUUGGAGGUCUUCCUUGUUAUGCAGCGAGCGCCAGUAUCAUGGGGCUCAGUUAUCAACAUCGAUAGCAUUCGUUUGUCCAAUCCUCCCAACACUUCGUCUUCUGUUCCAUCUCUAAUUGACGAAGGGAUUCUGAAAGAAGUUUACCAAGUUCUCCUGAAACGGCAGAGACCUCCGCCGCCCAGGGGCUAUCCUUUUAAACAGAACGAUCAUGUCAACACCAAAAUGGGGAGGCUUCCCCCCUCUCCGUGUAAAGUUUGUGGCAUUCCUAACCAUUGGGACAAGGAAUGCCCAGAUUGGAACGUCUACUUAGAAACUAGAAACCGGUCAGCUCACUUUACAGUGGGACAAUCAGACGACGAACCAGAAUUAGAGGAGAAGUAUUGCACAGCCUAUGCCGUCUUACUCAAUAACAGAGUCGCAGAACAAUUAAUCGAAAUGGACGAACCAAGCCCUUUCUCCAAUGACCAGGAUUUUCGUGAGGCGGUCAUGAUGUCACUGGUUCGACAAUCGAGCCAAUACUCUCAUGGACAUAAGUCCUACAAGUGGAAGGAAGUUUCCAUGGAAGAGGUACCGGACAAGGAUGAGGAAAAGAUGAGGAGUAUGCUGACACUCAAAGAAGACACUCACGUUUUGGAAGAUGUGAUGGAUGACAUCGUCUCCACGUCUAACAACAUCCAGCAUACAUUACAGCCGCAUGUUACUGAAAUAGAGGAUGAAGAUGACAUCUGUGCCUGUUCCAAACCUACAGUGAUGGAUCCUCGUUAUAUCCUGGAAGGAAUCGACAAGUCAAAAGGGGGUGAACCACCACCCACAUUACUUGAGCCAAACACAAAUGAACGUAAUGCGUUUAAUGCUCAUGGGAACAGUGGAGAAAGCCGGAUUCCAGAGAAACCACCUGACACCUGCAAGGACUUCACACUUCCCCUCCGCGACAUACCAGGCCCACCCACUCCUCUUAAAUGA